GGCGCGGUGGUUUCCGGCYGUCGGCACUCAUGGAGACUCCGGAGCAGCCGGGCGUCUGAGGGGCUCGGCGGCCGCUGCCGCCAUGUUCGGCUGCCUGGUGGCCGGCAGGCUGGUGCAAGCAGCUCCUCAACAAGUCGCUGAAGACAAAUUUGUCUUUGACUUGCCGGACUAUGAAAACAUCAAUCACGUUGUGGUGUUCAUGCUGGGAACUCUGCCUUUUCCCGAAGGAAUGGGAGGAUCUGUCUAUUUUUGUUAUCCGGACCAGAGCGGGAUGGCAGUGUGGCAGCUGCUUGGGUUUGUUACUAAUGAGAAGCCAAGUGCCAUCUUCAAAAUUUCUGGUCUCAAAUCUGGGAAAGGAAGCCAACACCCCUUUGGUGCCAUGAACCUCCCUCAGACUCCAACAGUAGCCCAGAUUGGAAUCUCGGUGGAACUGCUGGAGAGUUUGGCCCAACAGACUCCUGUGGCAAGUGCUGCUGUAUCAUCAGUUGAUUCCUUCACUGAGUUCACUCAGAAGAUGUUGGAUAACUUCUAUAAUUUUGCUUCCUCAUUCGCUGUUACUCAGGCGCAGAUGACUCCAAAUCCUUCUGAAGCUUUCAUUCCUGCAAACGUAGUUCUGAAAUGGUAUGAGAACUUCCAGAGACGUCUGACACAGAACCCUCUCUUUUGGAAAACAUAAGCUUAAAUCAUGGCAUUUGAAGUGCUUUCUAAAGAGUGUUACCUGAAAGAUGUAGUGAAUAUCCCCACUAAAUUUUCUUUUUGGGGGAGGAAAAAAAGAAAGGAACGAUUAGUCUGAAUAGACAACAUUAUAACUUUUAUAAUAUUUUCAAAUUAUUUAAAAUUAAAAUCCAUGAAAACUACUUGCUUUUUCUUUUAUUGAAGUACUUGGCUUCUGCUGGAAGUCAGUGGUGCAUAUGCAUAUUUAGAAAUACUCU